CAUCACAACCGAAAGUGUAACGCAUUUUAGCUGUUUCUGUUAGAUUUGUAUAGUACAUUAGUGAAAUAAAGCCUACAAAUGUAUUACAGAGCAGCGUGUUAGGAUGUGAUAUCAUGCUGUCUGCGUUACUUAUCUUCGGAUAUGCCGCCGUCUUCAUGGUGCCCGUGUUAUCGUGUCGAACAAAGGAGUAUAAAACAAAUGAUGGAUGGUGCUGCCCGAUGUGCAACAAAGGUACAGUUGUUCAGAGAGACUGCACAGCAUAUGCAGGAACUCAGUGCUGUUCUUGUGAGAUGGGGACCUUUAUGAACCAACCCAACAGCCUGUAUAACUGUUUCCCCUGCACUGCCUGUGACACAGGUCAUGGUCUCUUUGUCAAGCAGAACUGUACAGCAACAACUGACACAGUGUGUGACGUUUUAAAUGGAUAUUACUGCAAAGGUUUGACAGACAGUAACAGAUGUAGUUUGACAGAGAAACAUUCACAGUGUGAAGCUGGUCAGAGGAUAAAAGAACCUGGAACCAGCAGAAGUGACACAGUGUGUGAAGACUGUCAGCCAGGCUUUUUUUCCAAGGACGGUGUGAACUGCACAGGUUGGAAAACUUGCUCUGAGAGCCAGAUUAAAGUUGAAGAAGGAAACUCAACCAGUGACGUUGUCUGUAGAAGCGCAUCAAGACAUCGUAAUUUUUUUAUUUUAUCUGUUGUGCUUUUCCUAAUAAUAGUAAUUUGCCUUGUGACAACAGGAUUUGUGAAAGCAAGGAAACCAGAUAAGAGCAGAAAAUAAUUGCUCGGGGACUACCGAUGAUGCCUGAGAAAGCGGACCUCAUGUUCGCCAUCUCUCCUCCAUUUUGCUAGCAGGAUUGAUGUCCUGACAUCGAUGAUGGCUUCACCUGGUUCGGGACUCACUGUCCAACGUGCCACUUACACAGAUGUGCACAGCUGUUUAAUCAAAGUGAUGCUGCAGUCAUAUGUUGAGGGUGCUGACCAGCCAUCACCAAUUUCUCUGCUCGAUGCUCGCUCCACAAACCACUUAUUCUAAAUGAUCUCUUCAUCAAGGAGUCUCCAGACUUCAUGCUCCUGACUGAGACAUCACAGCAGGACAUGGAUCAUGUUUAUUUUGAGGAGAUCUGCACAGCUGGCAUUUCCGUCAUUGUAACUGGGUGUCUUUGGGGAUGUGGCAGAGGACUUUCUGCUGUGUACCAGUGUUCCCUUAUUAUCACAAUAAGGGCACACCUUCGCUCACAAUAAAAGAAAGAAAAACCAAAGUUCACAGAGGGUAAGUUCUCACACACAUACACACAAAGGCCCG